AUGUCAAUCAGAAAAAUCUUCCAAGUGUUGGCAUUGGCUUCAUUGUGUGACGCUAGAGAGUUCUUUUUAGAUGCAAAUCAAAAUACCGCUUGCUUGGGAUUGAAAGCACCAACAAGUAUCAAAAUCACAAGAACCUUGGGCCAGGAGCCGUUGCCUAUAAUCUUAUUUAACUACUUGCACAGAAACCUGAUACCUGGCUUGCCCAAUUUUGAUUUCCUCACCACGGAUGCUAAGUUGGAAGACUAUUAUCAGUUUGGAGAGUUUACUUUCCCCAAAUUGGAAACGGUUUUUGCUUUUAGUGACGUUUUAAAACAAAAUUUGAGCUACGAUGUGGACUUUUCGGGUCUUUGGUGUGUUUAUGCUCCAAAGAAUGGGUCGUAUGAGUACAAAGUCGAGGUUCCAGAGCCAGGCUAUUUUGAGAAAUACGAUGACAUUUGGUAUUGCAUCAUCAAUAUUGUGGUUUCAGUUGUGGUGAUGCAGCUCUUCUAUUUCACAAAGCUGAAGAGACCCGUGCUUUUUACGGCAGUCACUUGGUUCCAGCUAUGUAAGGUUGGUGUUUUUGCAACCACGGCCUUGUUUGCUGUAUUCAACUCGAGGAUCUUGCCCUAUGCAGAGAAUACGGUCUUCUUCAUUGACCAGGUGUUUACAAUGUUGUUUCUCAUGGGCUAUGGACUAAAAACUGGAGACGACAAUGUAAAGAAAAUCGUCUUUGUUAUCUUAUUAACGGUGGUUCCAUCCUUUGUGUCUCGCUACUUUGACUUUAAAUCAGAUGAGCAAUUCCUCAGUAUAAACAAUAGAACCUACAAUGUGGUGCGGGGAAUACUAGGAGCAGAUGGGUUUGACGGGUUGAGUUUUGUCCAACGAGUAGCAAAACACUUUGCGAUUGACAAUUACAGCGGGGUAAUAGCACUUUUAUUCGGUGUCUCGAACCUCAUUAUAAUUUUUGGCUACAUCAGCGCCAUACGACGCACUUUGAUAGACUUGAAGUCUGUCAAUCCCGUGGCUAGACCAGGUUACUUGUGGACAGUGAUUAUCUGGUUCUUCGUGUGGCUGUUGGUUAGUACAGCAUGUGCACCAAGCAUAAUGUACAGCUACACCAAUGUCAAGGACUACGCAAAGGUCUUGAGCAGGUUCAUGUUGGAAACCUUGAGGAACAGGUACAUCACGUUGUUGUGGGAUGAAUCUCACUGGAUUGCAUUUAGGUUUAUCUGGGCUUUAAGUAAGGGAUUGUUAGUUGACACCCAACACGAUGUCGAGAAAAAAGCACACCAAGAGUAA